AUGAAUGGACAAAGUUUUCUACUAAUAAUGACAAUUCAAUUCUGUUUGAUAUACGAGUUCAAUGUCUCACAGCAUAAUACAAAUGAUGAGGAAAUAAGUGUAUUAAAGGAUAAUAAUAGGAGAAACUGUUCGUAUGUUUACGAAGACGUCUUCUGUGACUGCGAUGAAGAUAAUUAUGAACUCAAGUGCUAUAACGUGGAGGCCUCGGAGGACUUGAUAUUUGCGUUUAACUAUGUGCUCAAUGUGACCAAAAUAUACUACUGGACACUAUUGGAGGUGCAAUGCAUUAAUCCGUUUGAUUCUGUGACCAAAACUUUUCACAUCACGAAUGAACUCUUCACCACUGGACCAAAGUUUGAGAAAAUCGUUUUUGUCGGCGAUUGCAGUAAAGCUAAGCAUUACGACAAUCUGUUGGCUGUGGACAGGGAUAUCGAGAGCAUCGUUAUGACCAAAAACACGGUCCGAAUGGCCACCACUUGCCAGAUGUUUCAGACCAAACUCGAGAGACUUCAGGAGUUGACGAUCACUGACUCGCUUAUGGCCGGAGACAUGAUUUCCGCCACUUUUUCCACCAAAUGCUUGGGGCAAUACGGGACUCGCAAUGAGGCGCUUCCUCUGGUGCGGCUGCGGAUCCGGUCGUGUAAUGUGACUCUCAUAGAGAGCGGAGCCUUCUUCAAUUUGGCUGAAUUGCAAUCAAUUGAUUUAAGUGACAAUCAAUUGACACAUCUGUCGCGGCAAGUGUUUGCCUCCCAUUUGUAUAAAUUGCGGUCAUUUAGGCUCAGCAACAACCGAUUGACGGCACUGUCCGCCGACUUCUUCGAGAAACUGCCGCAACUCCGAGAGCUCGACCUCUCCGGCAACCUAUUGACUACAUUGCCCUUCAUAUCGGCUACCGGUGCGCCACAAGUCAUUCAUUUGGCGGCCAAUCCGUGGGACUGUCGCUGCAAACUGGUCUGGAUUAUCAACGACAGCAACGAUAAGAGUGAGAACCAGAGGUUCUUCGACGGACCCCUUUGUGCCACUCCUGAGGCCGUCGAGAACUAUGCGCUUAUGGAUGGACUCAGAUUUGUUGACCAAAGAUUCUGCUGA